AAACCAACUCCUUCCUCUCUUCUCUCCUAUUCUAUUCUCUUCCUCUGCAAUCACAGGCGUUUCCAUAAAAACGAUGCCGUAUUGCGAGGUUCGCAAAGAGCAGAGCGGUGAUUCUUCCGACGGAGCUUCACUCAACAAUGGGAUCAAGAUUUUCUACAGAACGUACGGCAGCGGCCCCACCAAAGUCCUUCUAAUCAUCGGAUUGGCUGGGACGCAUGAUUCAUGGGGCCCGCAGAUAAAGAGCCUCACGGGGACGACUAAGCCCAACGACGAAGACGGCAAUUUUGAAGAAAUGGUGAAUGGGAAUUCAGGUGGAGGAAUUGAGGUGUGUGCGUUUGAUAAUCGUGGAAUGGGUCGGAGCUCCGUACCCGUUAAAAAGUCCGAAUAUACAACGAAGACUAUGGCGAAGGAUGCGAUUGCUUUGUUGGACCAUUUGGACUGGAAGAAAGUCCAUGUUUUUGGGCACUCAAUGGGGGCUAUGAUAUCUUGCAAGUUAGCAGCAAUGGUGCCUGAUAGGAUUCUUUCUCUGGCAUUACUGAAUGUAACUGGUGGAGGUUUUGAAUGUUUCCCGAAGUUUGACCGUCGAACAUUAUCAGUUGCAAUCCGUUUUCUAAGGGCAAAAACUCCUGAGGAAAGGGCUGCUGUGGACUUGGACACUCACUAUACAGAGGAAUAUCUUGAGGAACUUGUUGGCUCAAGUACUAGACGAUCAAUCUUAUAUCAAGAAUAUGUAGAAGGUAUCUCAGCAACCGGAAUGCAGUCUAAUUCUGGUUUUGAUGGUCAAAUACAUGCAUGCUGGACACAUAAAAUGAAACGGGCAGAAAUUGAAGCAAUCCGUACUGCUGGAUUUCUUGUUUCAGUAAUUCAUGGCAGGUAUGAUAUCAUUGCUCAAAUUUAUUACGCAAGGAGACUUGCCCAGAAGCUGUACCCUGUUGCUAGAAUGAUAGAUCUUCAUGGAGGGCAUCUUGUGAGUCAUGAGAGACCAGAAGAGGUCAAUCAAGCUCUCAUUGAGUUGAUAAAUGGAUCCGAAAAGAAGAUAAACCCACAUGACUGGAGUAAUUUGCCCAAGAAAACUUCUGGUUUUCUGGGGAAAGAUAAGAGCUGCAUGUCAAGCACGAUGGAGAAGCUACAUCUUUUCCUAUUAUACCUCUUUGGUCUCUUUGCUUUAGCCUAUGGGUAUGGAAGAAGGAGUAUACAAAAUCUGAAACCAGUAAAGGUUGGAACUUCCCUCAAGUAAUCUGAUAUCCAAUACACCCUAUCUUUUAACAGGGUUUCAUACUUACAUUGAUUUCUCAACCUAGUGGGGCAGCCCUUCGCAUUUUAGGCGGAUUGCUUAAUGAUAUAUGAGUAAAUUUACAGAAGAAUACACUGAUGAACACAACAUGAAUUUGGGUUGGGAGAUACCAGCACAACCAUAUCAAACAUAUAAACUUAUGUACACAGAAGGGAAGGGUGAAGUGGUGAUGCAUAACCCAUGAGUCCCUCCCUUUCCCUUGGAUUAUGUUUUCUUGCAACAAAUGAUGAUAAGAAACAACAUUGUAUCUCCCAGGACUAACCAAAAAACCAAAAAGCAUAUGCACAAAAGAGGACACCAUUUUGGAACAAUUUUGUAUUUGAAGCAGUGAAUUUAUAUUACUGCUAAUAUCCAUGGAGUAAAAGAGUUGUGCUCUCUGACAAAUUGCAUCAAA